CCUUCUCUCCAUUCUUGUCAGCCUUUGGCCCGUGGGCCUGUCACUCAGGAGCUUUCGCGGUGGUGAUCUUGUCGAGGCUUCUGAAGUGCUGCUCAGGUGUGAGGUACACAGGCAGAUAGCCAGCAGGCAGGUAACGAAUCCGACGCUGCGCCACAGAAACAAGCAGGUCCCACUAUGGACCUUCUGGGCUCAACUAUGACUGCCACCUACAUGCGACCCCGAUCAACAGCGACUAACUUUCUCCCUGCCAUUUCCACGAUGGCUUCCAGCUACAAGACCCAUUUCCCCCAGCUGGCUCUGAAGCAGAGCCUGAAUGUGCCUUGGAGAUCCAACACUCAGUACAAACUGGCCUCGAUCGUUCCUGGCUUCGGCUCAUCAUCCAGAGCCAGCUCUGAGCUCCUCAACACCAACAUGAAGUUUUAUCCAUCCAACAGGGCCAGCUUGUUCACCCGUUACAACCCAGACGACUGGCACAAGUCCAACCAGACCAACUACAGGGAGUCAGAAGUGGCCAGGCAUAGUGCCGAGAGGCUGCGCCUCGACACGGCCCGGCUUAUUCAGGACAAAGACCAGAUGACCAGAAGGAGCCAGGACACCACGAGCAGGACCAUUGGUGAACGGGUCAAUGACAUUGUAUUCUGGAAAUCGGAGCUAAACCAUGAGAUUGAAAACAUGGUGGGUGAGAUCAACAUGUUGAAUGAAGCUAAGAAGAGGCUAGAGAAGGCCCUAGCUGAAACCGAGGGGCCACUACAGGUGGCCCAGGAAUGCCUGUACUACAGGGAGAAGAGGAUGUCCAUUGACCUGGUGCACGACGAAGUUGAGAAGAAUCUCCUACAGGAGGUUGAAACCAUCAAAUCCUGUCAAGAAAGAAUGAGACGCCACCUUGACCGCGCCAACUCCCAGCUUGCGUCCAACCGGGCAGCCCAGCAUGAACUUGAGAAGGACAUGAAUGACAAGCUAAUGGCUCACCGUAUCGACGACAAGUGCCACCAACUGAGAAAUGCUUCCGAUGGCAUCAGUUACCACCGAGGAGUAGAGACUUUCGAAAUCAAAAGCUCUUUGCCAGAGUCAUGGGCCAAGUUCACGGAUGACAAUAUAUUGCUGUCCCAGAGUGAGCGCGCAGCAUCUGCCAAGCUUCGCAACGACAUUGAGAACCUGCUGAACGUGACCUCCAACGAGAUGUGGAGCCAGUUCAACACGGUCAACGUGUCGUUUGCCAACCGCUUAUCGGAGACAGCGGACACCAAGAACAAACUGCAGGUCCACUUGGCCAAGACUCUGCAGGAGAUCUUCCAAACUGAAAUGCUCAUUGAGGCCCUGAAGAAGUCCAUCCGUGACAAGGAGAGCCCUUUGAAGGUGGCCCAGACCCGGCUGGAUGAGCGCACCAGAAGACCCAACAUGGAGUUGUGCAGGGACUCUGCCCACCUUCGGCUAGUUAAUGAGGUCCGUGAGAUUAAUGACACCAUUCAGAACCUGAAGCUCCGACUGCAGGAGGCAGAGAACACACUUCAAAUGUUGGUCAACACCAAAGUGUCCCUCGAGCAUGACCUUGCCGUCAAGGCCAACUCCCUCUUCAUUGACCAAGAAAAAUGUAUGGGCAUCCGUAAGAGCUUCCCCAGCACUCCCCGGCUGGUGGGCUACACAUAAGUGGGGGAGUUGGGUGGGUGGGAGACUACCGUCAUACAGUUACUGUCCAGAACCCAGCUAGCUUUGGUUUUUGGCUUUCAUUUUCCGACAUCCCCGCGUCCUUAGCGGCCAAAAGACGGCAGAUGGGCGUCUCGUUCGUUUUCUCCUCUGUUUGCUUUUGCGGUCUGUUUGUGAUGUCAAAUAAUAAACUGGCAGUGGCCCAGCUGCUGAUUUUGUCAUCA